AUGGCUAAACAUCAUCCUGAUUUAAUCUUCUGUCGUAAACAAGCUGGUGUUGCAAUUGGUCGUCUUUGUGAAAAAUGCGAUGGACGUUGCGUGAUUUGCGAUUCCUAUGUUCGUCCAACCACACUUAUGGAUCGAGAGGAGAAAAAGAAACGUAAAGUGCUUUUUAAAGAAUUCGAUGACGAAAUUAAAAAACAGAGGACAACCGCUAAAAACACACGGUUACACAGUGGAAAAUACACAUUGGAUAGCGAUGAAGAGGAUGACGACGAACAAGAAGGAAAUGAAAAAGAAUUAAAUAAAGAUGAUUAUGAAGCACAAGAAAAAGCAACAAUCGGAUUCGAUGAUGAUGUCAAAAUUACACCAUUUAAUAUCGAUGAAGAAUUAGAAGAUGGACAUUAUGAUGAAACAGGAUGCUUUCGGUGGAAUAAGAAAGAUAAAGAGGACAUUCAUGAUGCUUGGCUCGAUGAUAUCGAUUGGACCAACGUGAAAAACUAUAAAUUGAAGAAUCCUCAAGCGACGGACGACGAUCCUGAAAAUCCACCUGAACAAACUAAUUCCAGAGAUGAAGAUACCGUCGAAACGAAAUUUAAUCAAGCUAAUGUAAUCAAAGCAAUGCUAGCAAUCAUGCAACCCGGUGAAUCCGUUACUCGCACAAUUAAACGACUAGGCGCUAUGUUGUCAAAUAAUAAACCAAAACAGCAAAACAAGCAACGUAAAUUGCUUCCAGGUGAAGUGCCAAAACCAACAGCAACGGGAUUAACACCUGAAGAAUUGAAAAACAAUCGAGCUCUUUUCGAAAAGAUGUCUGGUUUAGCUGAUCAAUUUGUAUCCAAUGGGGAAGCGGAUAUUUAUCAAGAAACUUACGAACGUCUAAAAUUCAAACUUGAUCUUGCUCAAACGUCGGCUACAUCGACAACGACCGAUGCCGCUUUCGACAUGUAUGGUGAUACUGAUGUAUCGGCCUCUGUCAAUAAGACGACGACAGACACCAAAAUAUCAUCGGAGGUUCUUUGGGAGUAUACGACAGAUGAAAAUUCGGCAGCAGCUAUUCAAGGGCCAUUUACAACCGAACAUAUGAUCCGUUUGACUAAUACAGAUGGAAAACUAGAUAAAGACAAAGUUCGUUGUCGUCGUGUCGGCACAGAGCAAUUCCAUUCGAUCAAACGUAUUGAUUUCGAUCUUUAUCUCGACUAA